AUGGGGGCUGGGGGCGGCGUUGGGGGCUCGGGGGUGCCCCCCGUGAUGGGUGCCGGGUACACGAGUGACUACAACUCCCAGCAUCCUCCACGUGACGUCACUUCCGGCGGAUCGGAGCUGACCGUGCGCGGAGUCUCGGGUGGCUUUUGUGGGCUCUCGGGGUUCACCUCAGACCCACGCGAGGUUUGCAGCUGCCUCUACGACCUGGACACCGUCGUGUGCCAGUCCUUCAAUCUGGACGGGCUCUUCAACCUCAUCCAGCAGAAGAUCGAGCUCCCUGUCACUGACAAUGUCCAGACCAUCCCGCCCCCGUUCGUGGUCAGAACCAUCCUGGUGUUCGGGCGCCCGCGCUGCCAGCCCCAGUUCUGUGGGGGCGAGCACGUCAAGGACAUGUUCAGCUUUUUUGGCAGCCUGGACACCAAAGGCACCAAUUACAAGUACGAGGUGCCGCUGGCCGGGCCUGCACUGGAGCUGCACAACUGCAUGGCCAAGCUGCUGGCGCAUCCCCUGCAGCGGCCGUGCCAGAGCCACGCGGCCUACGGGCUGCUGGAGGGCGGGGACAGCCCCGACAGCGAGGCCACCGUGUGA